AUGGCAGCUGCACUGACUAUCCCAGACGCCCUCGAAGAGCUCAAUAAGAAAUGGUUCACGUCUCUCAAGCCUCGCUGGGUCGAUAUCAUUGGAUCAUACGCCGGCAAAGAGCUCUUCUUGGUCGAUGGCGACGCCCUUAUCCAGACCGUCCUCGACGAUCCUCUCCUUGAACUCGGCAGAAAAGACUCCUGCGAUUGGCAGAUUUUACACGCCUUUUAUAGCGUGGAAUCUAUUCUAGACAAUCUAAGGAAACGUGGAGCAGAGUUUCACAUCGCUUUCUUUGAAUCAAAUCGCCCAUUGGCCAUUGGCACAUCUGGCAAUGCCUGGAUCGCAUCAUCGAGAUCACUGGCGCACAAGACGCUCAAAGCGUACAUUCACAGUUUGGAAGUGGAAGUUCACGAAUUCACCGAUACUCGCGACAAGCGAUGGAAGGAGUAUGUCUUCUUCAACAAGCCCUUGUUCAUUUUGAGCAGUGAUCAUUCCGUGGCCCUACCAGAGUCGGAUGACUCCCUCCCUGCCGCAAAUCUACUCCAUAGAGUGUUCAUCAAGUAUAUCCAUGAUGAAGGGCUCCUUCUUGCGUCGUUGCAAGAAAUGGAUUUUCGAGAUUCACAGGCAAAUACAUUUCUAUACGAUCGACAACCCCAAACGAACCUCUCCCGAGAGUUCUACAAGGCCGUCGGUGAGGCGCGAGAAGCUCUUGACGAGCUUAUGCCAGUCGAUGCCGAUGAUGAAGACGAGGAAGACUCGCCCACGCCUCCUCAGCUCGCUCUCCUCUUUACAUUCCUCGCCCACGUCAAACUCCUCGAUACCAUCGAUCUAGAUCUUCGCUCGCAACCACCGUCGACAUUACCGUCCGGUUUAGUAAAACUGAUAACCGAAGGGUUUCUCCCAGGUCUCUUUGCGUCACUCGAGGCUACAAUACCUGAAGACGUCGACGAACCACCGCUAGUAGAUGGCCGAAUAUUUUCCCUCCUACUCGCGAAUAUCCUAUUCUCGGAUACCCAACCAUCCCAAGUCCUAGGAGGCGGCGUUUAUGCAUCACUCACGGAGAAGUGGAAAGAACUUGGUCUACAACCGGUAGAUUUUGGCGUAUUGGCGCAGUUGGCGCAGAAGAGUGGCGGCACUCGGCAGCUCCAGGAACAAAAAGUGUUCCAAGAGUUUUCCCUCUACUCCUUCGAGGCACCCGUUCUCCAAGAGGUACUCUCCGAGGUCGAUGUGCCAACUAUUCCAGCUGAUGAGUUUGGAGGGGUACCUGAACCUCUCUACGAAUUCGAGGACAGCAUCUUCGCGCGAACGCGACGUCAUCAUACCUACCGGUCGCCUAUUCCGAGACAUUUGGGAGGCGAGCCACCAAAGCCAAAGGACAAAAAGGGAAUGAUGAAGCUCCUUCGCUCGAAUCAGCGCUCUAUGGUGCAUAUUGAGCGUCAAGCCAACAGUUUGACGGGCGCCAAAGGUGCUAAACUCGAAGCAGAAGUGAUCCCGCCUGUGGGCAAUGUCGUUGGAUCCCAAUGGGCGACUGGCUCGGCUUUGAAGGCUGCUUCUCGUCCUGAUACCCCCGAAGUGAAAGGAGCAAAGGGACGAAAAGGGCAGCCCGCAGCGACUCCUUCAGCCCAGAGCUCUGCUCAGGCAUCGCAAGCCGCCAAAGGAAAGGGAGCAAAAGGAAAGAAGGAACCACCGAUGAAGUCAGCGGACAAGUUACGCAUGCAAAUUGAGUCCCAGAAAAAGGCCAAGGCGGUGACGGAUGGCGAGGCGUGGUGGAAAUCUCGACUCGAAGAGCUGAAGAAUAUCGAAGAGCUCAGUGGGCGUAUCGAGAUGCUGGACUUGCAGCUCAAGAAUAAUAAGCGGAUGGAAGCGGAUCCGACGUUGGCGGCCAACGUUUGGCUGUAUCGCAUCAAUUGCGAGUGCUGGCAUUGGAUUGAAAAUCCCGAUGGCGAAAAUCCGAAAGUCAAGGAUGGGUACAUCAUCCGAUUGGUCAAGAUGGUCAGGGGGAUGAAGCAGUAUCAAGAUGUCCUGACUCCGACAAUGGUCAAGUGUUUGUGGAGCGUGAUGGAAGCGCUCGGUUUUGAUGACUACGUCCAAAUCAUCCAACGGCCUUCCAAAGACGUCAAGGACAAGAAGCUUGACUGGGACUUUAUCAAGUUUUACAAGAAGAUUUUGACUGGGCCUGAAGCGGGCACCGAAGUCAAUGCAUAUCCGUGGAUGGCCAUAACGGAACAUCCAGUUGACUGGCAACUAAGGGCGUUUGGAGAGCACAUGGAUCGCUCAUUCGAUAGCAAGCCCGAUGAUCGUGUCAAGUUUGAACCCGACAAGUGGCAGCGCGACGUUCUCGACAAGCUUGAUCGAGAUGAGAGCGUCCUUGUUGUCGCUCCUACAAGUGCGGGAAAGACGUUCAUUUCGUACUAUGCGAUGAAGAAGGUCCUUACGACCUCGGAUGAUGGCAUUCUGGUAUACGUCGCUCCUACCAAGGCCCUCGUCACGCAGAUCACAGCAGAAGUCUACGCUCGAUACCGAAAGGAUAUGAAAGGAAGAUCGUGCUGGGCAAUUCACACUGCCGAUAUUCGUCUUAACAAUCCUCAGACGUGUCAGAUUCUCGUUACUGUGCCAGAGAUGCUCGCGUUCAUGCUGCUCUCUCCCGAGCUUGCAAAAGUCUGGGCUCCCAGAAUCAAGCGUAUCAUCCUCGAUGAGAUUCAUACCCUUGGGAGCCAACCCGGUGGAGUUUGGGAGCAGAUUCUCUUGCUCUCAAGAUGCCCUAUCAUCGGACUUUCUGCAACUGUCGGUGAUGCAGACGCUUUCAACGAGUGGCUUAAAUCUGUUCAAGAAGCCCAUGGCCACACCCACUCGCUGGUCCAGCACCACCAUCGUUACUCGCACCUUCGCAAGUUUAUGUACAACAUUGAUCCGAAUCCGGACGACUUCGAUGGCCUUCACGAUCACAAAGCGACACAACAAAUGCGAUUCCUUCAUCCAAUCUCCUUUAUUCGCCCUGGUAUUACCGAGCUGCCAUCUGACCUCGCUCUCGAGGCUCGUGACUGCGCAACCCUCUACAAGGCCAUGUCCGACCACUCGGAUGACCCAGCGCUCGCCAAACUCAAGCCAACGAAAUUCUUUGAAAAGCAGAACAAGGCGGGAGAGUUUUUGCAGCAGGCGGACGUGAUCAAGUAUGAGGAAAAGCUCAAAGCGGUACUCACCAAGUGGCUAAAGGAAGACGACGCGCAUGAGCCCACUAGCACGAUUCAAAAGGUUGUAAAAAGUCUCACCGACAAGGAAGUUGGCAAGCCAGAGUCCGAGCAGGCCUUACAGAACAGUGACAUGUUCUAUGGCAAUCUCGUCAACCUGCUCGCAGACCUUCAUGCCGAAGGCGACUUGCCCGCUCUUUUGUUCCACUUUGAUCGCUAUUCCGUGGAAGCGAUUGCCAGGGCCAUCCUCGAGAAACUGAAGAAAGAUGAAACCGAGUGGCGCAAGCACAGUCCAGAAUGGGAAAAGAAGAUCAAAGGUUGGCAGGCUUGGGAAGCUGGAGCCAAGGAGAGAGAAAAGGCAGCCCAGCGGGCGGCGUUGAAGAAAGAAAAGGCUGAAGGGGACAAGAUGGAGCGACUCCAGAAUGCGGCUGCAGUGGACACGAGCCCACUAGCUAUUUAUGCGAACUUUGACCCGGAUGCACCAUCAGAGGAGUUUUCGUUCAUCAACUGGGGUACUCGAUACUCUGCUAGCGAGUUGGAUGAGGAUAUCAAGAACCUCGAGAAAUACUCGACCACUCCGCGCUUCCUUCUCGAGUGCUUGCGUCGAGGAAUCGCCGUUCAUCAUUCAGGUCUCCCAAAGGGCUACCGAGUUUUGGUCGAAAGUUUGUUCCGCAUUGGUUUUUGUCGCGUGGUUGUUUCGACGGAAGAGCUUGCGCUGGGUGUUAAUAUGCCCGCUAAGGCAUCCAUCUUCUGUGGAGACUCUCCUGCGUUGACGGCUCUUAUGUACCGUCAGUGCGCCGGUCGAGCUGGUCGUCGUGGCUUCGACUUGCUUGGAAAGGUCAUAUUCUAUGGCCUACCCAACGAGAGGGUGAAGCAAGUCGUUCUGUCGCGUCUGCCUGCGCUCCGUGGCAACUAUCCAUUGACCCCGACGCUUUCUCUUCGGCUCAUCAGUCUCCUUACCGACUCUGGUAAUGCGCCAAGUGCAACCAACGCGAUCCAAGACCUGUUAAAGCUCGACAGUCUCACCGUCGGUUCCAACAUUAGCCGGUCGCAAAGUCUCUACAACAUGCGCUUCUCCAUCGAGUUGCUCAUUCGUGCCCAAGUGAUCGACUCGGUCGGUAACCCGCUCCACCCAUGGUUCAAUUUCGCCUCCUUCCUCUAUACCAAUGAGCCCGCCAACCUUGCAAUUCUUGCUCUUCUUCGUGAAGGGUAUAUUCACAAGAUUUGCAACAACAAUCUAAUCGACGCCAAACGCGACUUGAUGCACAUUCUUUCGUACCUCUUCUGCCGCCAGUAUCUAUCAAAAGUCAAUUUUGACCAAGAAGCCUUUACCAGGAACAACCGGACCCCGUCCAAGGUUAUCCUUUCCGACAUUGAUGAGGAAGCCUACAAGAUUCUCAAGGCAUACAACGACGAGGUCCUCCAGGUCUUUACAGAAUGUGCUGUGAUGUACUCUAUCCAGCAUAGAGACUCCCUUGGAGUGGAUAACGUAUUGCCAUUCAGCGAGAGGACUGUUGAAGCGACAUCAACACCCUCUUCUUCGACGUUCGUCCAAAGCCUCAAGCGAUCUCGUGUCACAGUCCGAAGUCGAUCGGCAUUUGUCGCGACAUCCGGACACGGUGAUGUCUAUAGCAAUGUCGACGAAUUGUCUCGGACAACGCGACACGGACUCUAUCUCACCAAACACGUCCUCCCAUCGCUCGACCUUUUCACCCCAUCGUCUGAUUCUCCUGGUCGAUACCUCAACGCCUAUCUUCUCGACUUUUACAGUCACGGUCAAGACAAACCCCUGGUUGAUGCGAACAGGAUUGAGAAGAGCCAGAUUUGGUACCUACUUCUCGACUUUUCGCAGGCGCUCGACGGUAUGGUGACCGCCAUCAAGGACCUUAUGCUCAAAGGCGCGCGCGGUGAGGACGAUCUUACGUCUGUUGCCGGUGAAUCAGUCGCCGUGGCUGCAGCUACCACCACAGUCCAGGAUGACUGGGCGGCAGACUUGGAAAAGGACGAGGCGAUUGCACCUUCUGGACCACAGGCGUCCCAUGGUGUGCCGCUAGAAAAGGAGCGAGGAGAUGAAGCAGAGGCUCUGGGGGUCGGUGCUGGUUCAGGAGAGAUUGACAUUGUCAAGCCGGACCAUGUUAGCAUGAAGGACUGGAAGGUGUAUGAGGUGUUCUGGCACCUUCAAAAGGACUUUAACGAAAAGUUCAAGGCAAUGUGGGCCUAA